AUGGCAUCGGAAAUCGAGACUCUUCUCUUACGAAAUCUUGUUCCUAUUAUAGAUUUAGCGGAGUGCAUUGAGAAUGUGGCCGACAAUUUAAGGAAGGCUCUUUCAGAAAAGGGUUAUGCUCUGCUAAUAAACCAUGGAAUAACAAACGAGAAGAUCAAGACAGCUUGGGAGUAUUUUGAUAAAUUUGUUGACCUACCAAAAGAGGUAAAGUUGUCUUACAAAAGAGGCAAAGCUCCAGAUGCCGAGAAUCACGGCUAUGUGAGCCCUGGAAUGGAGCGAUUCGAUGGCAGGACACCGGAGCUACGACAUGCGUACAAUAUAUGCAAGUUGCAGGCUGAAUUUCUGCCCGAAAAGGAGCUGCCUGGAAUUACCAGCCACAUUAACACAUUGACCGAUGACUUUAAUGCCUUGGGAAGAUUUAUUCUUAAGGCAUUGGCACUUUCCUUGGAUGCUCCGCCGUCGUUCUUCCUCGAUAAGCAUUCCUACAUGUUGUCCGACGAUCGCUUCAGUCUCACUACCCUGCGAAUGCUCUACUAUCCACCGGUGGAAGAUCAGGAUAAUGGCAACGCCAUCCGGUGUGGAGCCCAUGCCGACUAUUGCACCUUCACCCUGCUGGUCCAGGAUUCGGAGGGUGGCUUGGAGGUAAAACUGCGGGGCAGUGACAAAUGGGAGCGAGUGGGUCAUCUGCAGGGAGCACUCUUCAUGAACUGCGGCGAAACCAUGGCUGUGUGGACAGAUCAGCUUUAUCACGCUUUGCAACAUCGAGAGGUUGUUCCUGAUCAACUGGAUACUCGCCGAAGGGGAAGGCACUCCAUUGCCUAUUUUUGUCAUCCUGAUAACUCCACGCUGAUUGAUCCAAAGGAGUUGAAAAUUCCAGUUAAGGUGUCAUCAACUCAAAUGAUUUAUAACGCAUACGAUAUUUCUAUGGCUUUGGCAAAAAACGCAUAUGGACAUAAUUUUUUCUAA